AGUAGGAGAUGGGAAAGAAGUGGGAUUAAGAACUAUCUAAAUUGAGUGAAGACAAAAUAAACGAUCACGGUUGAUUAGGUGAACCCAAUAAGGCCAUCACAUUAAAUGAUUGCUUGAAGCCCUAGAUCUUCAGAAUCUCCCUCUCAAUAUGUGUAACCCCACUCUCAUUUAUAAGGAAGGACAAAAAGAAGUUUUUUCCAAACAUUCAAUACCUCCUUCUCUCUCUCUCUUUCCCCUCUGCAUGAACUCAAACUCAUUCACACAACCCCUCAACAACCUAUUCCUACAAGGGUUUGUUUGAUUCUGUGUGACAUGGAAUGGAUUAUUGGACUGUGGACUCUGAUGGGUAUCAUCCUUACAUGGUGGUGCUACUGGUUUCUGUGUGUCAAAAAGGAAAACGGUGACAGGGUGAAACAGAAGAAGAAGAAGAAGAAGAAGGGGAAAGUUCCAAGAGGUAACAAAGGUUGGCCUUUACUCGGAGAAACCCUUGAGUUCAUUGCUUGUGGCUACACCUCCAACCCUGUCAGCUUCAUGGAAAAACGCAAGUCUCUGUAUGGUAGUGUAUUUAAGACAAGCAUUUUGGGAACUGGUGUGAUUGUGUCCACAGACCCAGAAGUGAACAAGGUGAUUCUGCAGAACCAGGGGAACAUAUUCGUCCCUGCUUAUCCAAAAUCUGUGAGAGAACUAAUGGGAGACUACUCCAUCCUCCAAAUGAACGGGAACAUGCAUAGGAAAAUUCAUUCACUCCUUGGAGGCUUCCUACGAUCCCCUCAAUUCAAAGCUCGAAUCACUACAGAUAUUCAACACUCUGUUAAACAAUGCUUUGCAACUUGGACCCACCAACCAAUUUACGUUCAAGAUCAAGUCAAAAAGAUCACAUUCACUAUUCUGGUUAAAGUUCUGCUUAGCAUUGGUCCCGGUGAAGAUUUAGACUUCUUGAAGAGAGAAUUUGAAGAGUUCAUAAAAGGGUUGAUUUGCUUACCCCUCAAGUUUCCUGGAACAAGACUACAUAAAUCCUUGAAGGCUAAGGAAAGAAUGAUGAAAAUAGUGAAGAGGGUAAUAGAGGAAAGGAACAAUAAUAUGCAUAAGAAGAAGAAUUCAGAAGAGAAAGGAGGUGCAGCAAAUGAUGUGGUGGAUGUGCUCUUAAGGGAUAUUGGUGAUAGCAACACUAUCUCUAACAUGUUGGAAAAUAUCUGUGAGAACAUAAUUGAGAUGAUGAUCCCUGGGGAGGAGACUCUUCCCACGGCUAUGACCAUGGCUGUCAAAUUUCUCAGUGACUCUCCCCUUGCCCUAUCCAAAUUACUGGAAGAGAACAUGGAAUUGAAGAGGCGGAAGAAUAGUGCAGAGGAUUACGUAUGGAGUGACUACCUUCAACUGCCAUUCACACAAAAUGUUAUCAGCGAAACUCUGAGAAUGGCAAAUAUUGUGAAUGCGAUUUGGAGAAAAGCAGUGAAAGACGUUGAAAUCAAAGGGUAUUUGAUUCCUAAGGAUUGGUGUGUUGUGGCAUCUCUUACUUCUGUGCAUAUGGAUGAGAUGAAUUACGAAAACCCUUUUAAGUUUGAUCCUUGGAGAUGGGAGAAAAGCGGAGGAGGAGCUAAUAACAAUUGGUUUACACCAUUUGGUGGUGGACAGAGACUGUGUCCUGGAAUAGAACUCUCAAGGCUAGAGCUAUCUAUCUUCCUUCACCAUCUUGUUACCACUUACAGAUGGGUGGCGGAGAAGGAUGAAAUAAUCUACUUUCCAACAGUGAAGAUGAAGAGGAAGCUCCCAAUUAGUGUAACAAGCAUUAAUUAACAGCUAAUUGGAUUGUACAGUGAUAUGAUAUAGAUAGGUGUAGAUAUUUGUUUGAGUGUAGAGAGUAAAAAAAGUAUAGGAAAAAAGGGAGUGUGUAUCGUUGUGUUAGCUCUAAUGUCCCAUCUAUUUUUAGAGAAAGGUGGCUUUGGGCCCUCCUAUAAUAAUAUUGAGAAAUUGAAUGCAAGUGGGAAUUAUUGAAGCUAACUCUGAUCUUGAGUCUCUGUCCAUUAAAUUUUUGUGUUUGAUUCCUUUGUAACGUUUGUGGUGGGUUUGGAUAUCCAUGUGGGUUUUGUUGUUCUCAUGGUCCCAUGCCAUGAUAUGGGCUCGUGCUCCACCACCCACUGUUCUUCUCUCAAUUAGUGGAUUUGUACAACUCUUGUACCUGCUACUCGAUCCCACAAUUAACAAUCAUAUGUUUUCAUGCAA